UUAUUUCAGAAAUGACCAUUAAGAAGUAGAUGCCCAGAUGCAAAAGUGAUGAAACAAUCCAUUUGUCAUAACGUAAGAUGCAGCUGUGGCGUUCCAACCAGAUUAGAACAAAAUUGUAUCUGUUUUUCUCAGAAGAGAAUUCCAUAAGGUUAAUUCUUAGGAAAUCAGCAAGUCUACAGAUAGAUGCCCUUUCAGUGAAUCAAUAAACAGUUCCUGCUUUGCACACAACUCAAAGAGGGAGCCCCCAUACGGCGAGGAGAAGAAGGAAGUUCAAAGCUGUUAAAUACUGGGGCAGCCGCUGCCCUGCUCAGCCUGACUGUCCAGCUGUCCAGCCAACAUGAAGACUCUCCUUCUUCUGGGCCUUGUCCUUCUCUCUGUCCCGGCCCAGGGCAAGGUCUUUGAAAGGUGUGAGCUUGCCAGAACCCUGAAACGAAUGGGAAUGGAUGGCUACAGGGGCAACAGCCUGGCAAACUGGGUGUGUCUAGCCAAAUGGGAGAGCAGCUACAACACACUAGCGACCAACUACAAUGCAGAAGACCGGAGCACUGACUAUGGGAUCUUCCAGAUCAACAGCCGCUACUGGUGCAACGAUGAAAGAACCCCGGGAGCGGUCAAUGCCUGUGGCAUAUCCUGCAAUGCUUUGCUACAGGAUGACAUCACUCAGGCGGUAGACUGUGCUAAGAGAGUUGUCAGGGACCCACAAGGCAUCAGAGCAUGGUAUGUUUUAAGUGUUAAACGGGAAAAUGACUCUAUUGUUGAUAUUGGCCAUGACAGAAGACUUUCAAAGACAAACAUGCUACUGAGAGCUGAAAAUUGCAUCUUUUGGUUUAUGCUAAAUCAGCAGUUCUCAACCUGUGGGUCGCGACCCCUUUGUAACAAUGAAAAUACAUUAGGCAUUAGGACGGUGGAGAACCACUGUGCUAAAAAUCCUUGAAGAAACAGUUACCGUAACUGAUUCAGAAUGUUACUCUUUUAUUACUCCUCAAUUUAUUUAAGAGAUUUCUAGAGCUUUUAUGAUUCUUCACACUUGAUCCAUUCUUGAAGCUAUGUGUAGAAUAAGCAAAUAUUGAGUGCCCUUUGCAGGUGCUACUGAGGGUUGCAUGCUACUUAAUCUUACAUGCAGCACUCUAUGCUCCGCUGAGUGUGCCGAGGAGGAGUGAACUAUUUCAGGUGAAGUAUUUUAGAUACUUUCAUUGAAUAAAUGGCUACACCUGGGUCUAUCGGUAGCCUGUUUUUUUAUUUUUUUUUUAAUUUUUUUUUGUAGAGACAGAGUCUCACUUUAUGGCCU